UACUGAUAAGAGCUGGCAGCGGCGGGCGGCGGCUGUUAAAGGCAAAAGCACAGGUGUGAUAAGAAAAAGACUGAUGAACAUGUGGUGAUCUACAACCGUCUCUCACCAACUCCACGCAGAGGUUUAAAUGAAAAAAUACCGGAUUUUCAAUGUGGUCAGACCUUUGGACUGCACUGUAUAUUUCCGUAGCUGUAAAUAUUGCAACCCCUGGUUCCUAUCACCACCACUGUAAAGAACUCUGAGUCUAAAGCACCCACAAUGCCCCCUGCAACUGCUACUAAUCUGGGCUACACUCCUCCUGACGGAGGCUGGGGGUGGGCGGUGGUGUUUGGAUCCUUCAUCUCCAUUGGCUUCUCCUACGCCUUUCCCAAAUCCCUCACCAUCUACUUCAAGGAGAUCCAGGAGUACUUCUCCAUCUCCUACAGCGAGAUCGCAUGGGUUUCUUCCAUCAUGCUCGCUACCAUGUAUGCAGGAGGACCCGUGAGCAGUAUACUGGUCAAUCGCUAUGGAAGCCGGCCAGUGGUCAUGGUUGGCGGCCUCAUGGUUGGGGUCGCUAUGGUCUCUGCUUCCUUUGGCACUACCAUAAUGCAUCUGUACUUAUGCGUAGGAGUCAUUGGAGGUAUUGGCCUUGCCUUUAACCUACAACCUGCGCUGACCAUCAUUGGGAAAUACUUCCUUGUGAAGCGGCCAAUCGCCAAUGGUUUGGCUAUGGCAGGAAGUCCAGUAUUUUUGUGCACUCUGGCGCCACUAAACCAGUUUCUGUUUGACAACUUUGGCUGGAGAGGGAGCUUCUUCGUCUUGGGAGCCAUAGUGCUCAACUGCUGCGUGGCUGGAGCCUUGAUGAGACCCAUUAACAUCAAAACGAAGCCACCUGUGAGCCAAAGUGCUAGUGGCCAAGGAGCAGCUGGUGAGGUGGGCAAAGGAGAGGGGGAUACUGACCCUCAAGUGGUUGGCUUACUUAAUGGGAAGCAGCAGCCCAAGGAGGCAGGAUGUGCAGCACGAGUGAACGAAUUCAUCGACCUGACUCUCUUCAAGCAUCGCGGCUACCUCAUCUAUCUAGCGGGGAAUGUGGUGAUGUUUUUCGGCUUCUUUGCCCCUGUCGUGUUCCUGGCCCCCUACGCCAAGCACCAGGGCAUUGAUGAGUACUCUGCAGCCUUCCUGCUCUCAAUCUUUGCUCUGGUGGACAUGGUGGCUCGGCCAGGGACCGGCCUGGUGGCCAACACCAAAUGGAUCCGGCCCCGGAUUCAGUACUUCUUUAGCUUCUCUGUGGCAUAUAACGGGGUGUGUCAUUUAGUUCUACCCCUGCUGCCUGGAUAUACAGGCCUGGUGGCGUAUGCUGUGUUCUUCGGGCUGGCCUUUGGGAUGGUGUGUGCGCUGCUUUUCGAGGUGCUGAUGGAUUUGGUGGGAGCCCAGCGGUUCUCCAGUGCUGUUGGCCUCGCCACCAUCAUAGAAUGCUGCCCUGUUCUCCUGGGGCCUCCGAUUUCUGGAGCGUUGGUCGACAUCUUCAUGGACUAUAAGUACAUGUACUAUGCAUGUGGCGUUAUGAUGCUGGUCCCGGGACUCUUUCUCUUCAUCAUGAACUUCUUCAACUACAGAUGGCUGGAGAAGGAAGAGCGAGAGAGGAAGCAGGAGGAGCUUCAGAUCGGUUCUGCCAGAGAGCUUGCUGCUAUUGAGGAGGCCACUGAUGCUAAGCAUGGCAUCAAACUCAUUCAAGAGAAGCACUUAACAGACUCAGAGAGCACAGAGGCGUAAAGUGCUUAUAUUAUCAGUGGAAAGAUGCUUCAUUUAUAUCUUCAUAUAAGAUUUAUUACUAGCAUAUUGAUGCAUUGAUGUUGCUAGAACUUUUUUGGCUAUAAAAUAAUUUUUGAUUGUCCAUCUGAGCUAAUUCUUUAUUUUCUUUAUUAUAUUCGCUACUUUCCCUGCUGUAGCACACCGAAUGAGCCUGCUAACUCAGUGCUGAGUGGAAUCAGGUGAGAUGGAGCAGGAAAAUCACCAUACUGUGCUGGACAACAGCCGUCCAGUACCAGAGCUGAACACACCUGAUCUAAUAUGUAUCUAUGUGUCAUUAUUCAAAUGGAAUAGUUCAUAGUCAAUAUUAAAUUACACAAACUCUUAAACAUCCAAACAAUCCGAAGACGGUUCUUGCGACAAAAAAGACCUGCAACACUGUUUAUUAGUAUGUAUUUAAAAUGACGCCACUGUUAAAGAUAACAGCUUCUAUAGGCUUCUUGUGAACGUUUUUUUUUUAUUGUUUUGCCAAAUAGUGGUGUCAUCUUAAAUAAACACUGAUAAAUACUGUUGCAGGUUUUCAUAACAAGGCCCGUAUGGAAAGCUUGUGGACCCUUAAUCUGAGAUGCAAACAAUCACCAGCAAGACGUAGUCUAACAGCUCACAGCAGAGAUGCUCACAACUUGCUUCCUGCAAGCCUGAGCCCAAGUCUCAAAUCUCUGAGUCUGAAUCGAGUCUCAAGUCUGAGUAGAGUCUCAAGUUUCUGAGGUGCAAAUCUGAGUCGAGUCUGGAGUCUCUGGGCGUCCGAGUGGAGUCUUGAGUGUCUGAGAUGCAAGUCUGAGUCUGGAGUCUCUGAGGUGCGAAUCUGAGUUGAGUCUUAGGUCUUUGAUGUGUAAGUCGGAGUCGAGUCUAAAAUGUCUGGGGGUACGAGUUCGAGACGAGUCUAGAGUCUAAGGUGGGUGUUUGAGUUGAGUCUCAAAUCUCUGAGUUGAGUCUGGAGUCUGAGUUGAGCCGAGCCUGGAGUCUCAGUGGUGCAAGUCCAAGUGGAAUCUCAAGAAAUAUGAGUAUGAGUCAAGUCUCGGGUCUCUAAGGUGCAAGUCCGACUUGUGUCUCGAGUCUCUGAGCUUUGAGUCUGAGUCAAGUCUUGAGUCUCUGAGGUCUCAAUUAUCAAGAGUUUGAGGUACAAGUCUGAGGCGACUCUCGAGUCUCUGAGGUGCGAGUCUGAGUCUCUGGGAUACAAGUCCAAGUUGAGUCUAGAGUCUCUGAGGUGUGAAUUGAGUUGAGUCUGAAGUUGGUGAGAUGUGAAUUGAGCCUCAAGUUUCUGAGGUGCAAGUCUGAGUUGAGUCUAGAGUCUCCAGGGUACGAGUCUAAAUCAAGUCUGCAGUCUCAGCGAAGCGAGUCAGAGUGGAAUCUUGAGUCUGAAAUAUGACUCUGAGUCAAGUCCUGAGUCUCUGAGGUGCAGGUCAGAGUCUUGAGAGUCAAGUCUGGAGUCUCAGGGGUGCAAGCCUGGGUGGAAUCUCGAGUCUCUGUGAUACACAUUGGAGUCAGGUCUCAAGUCUCUGAGGUGACAGAACGCUGUUAUGUUAAUGACACUGAUAGAUAUUUUACCAGAAAUUUCUGCAAAUUUACAUAAAAUAAGUAUUCAUCACUAUCAA